UUAAAACCAAUACGUUUAUUUUAAAAUAGAUAUAGAAUACGAAAUGGGUAUUUUACCGAAAUUUAAAGACGCUGGCUUUGGUUGGUAUGAGUUCCGUAUGUGUCUUCUUAUUGUGUACAUAACCAUGCCAACCGCUUUUCAAAUAUUUCAAGUUCUUGUCUCACAGUUUACACCGGAGUUUUAUUGCCAACAACAAUCUUUGCUUGGGGAUACGACGCAGUUCGAUGUAAACAACUCAACAAAUGGAAUGCUUGUUACGGAUGACGUUUGCACGAUCCCCAAGAGUAAUCAUUUGACGACGGAUAAUUCAAGCUACAUAAAAGACGUGCCAGUAUGCACGAGUAUCGUUUACACGGGAAAUUAUACAUCCGCCUCUAUUGAAUUUGAUAUGGUAUGCGACAAUGGUUGGCGACGACCGUUAUAUUCUUCAUUGUUCAUGAUUGGAAUGACGAUUGGGGGAAUCUUUGGCGGAGGAAUAUCGGACAGAUUUGGUCGACGAAUUGUCGUUUUGGUUUUUACAUUCUGGCAAUUCAUUCUCGCUUUAGCAACAAGCUUCGUAGCAGACGCAACCACAUAUGGAAUAUUAUUUUUCUUCAGUGGAUUUGGUUGCCUUGUCAGUUAUCAAGGCGUUGCUGUUAUGGGUUGGGAAACAGUUCCACCAAGUUUUCGAUCUUUCAUGUUCUUUAUACAAGGAAUAGCCUUCGCAUGUAGUUAUUUGUUGUUUGGUCUGGCGACUUGGAUUUUUCAAGACUGGCGGUGGUUCUUAAGAGCUUAUGGAAUCGCUGGAGUUUUCUACAUACCUUCUUUCUGGUUGUUUGACGAAACGGUGCCUUGGCUUCUUGUAAAUAAAAGACACGAAGAAGCGGAUCUUUUGAGGAAUAAAAUAGCAAAAAUAAAUCGAAAUUGUAAUGAACAUAAAACAGAGGACAGCGAUGUUAAAAACGUACUCUUGGAAAUGAACGAGAAACAAAAUCUUCUGAAGGCUUUUAAAUCUAUUCUGAAGUCUCCGUACAUGUUCAUUCGCGUGAUGAUUAUAUCUCUGUCUUGGUUCACAGUGAGCCUCGUAUACUUUGCAAUAGCUCUUAACACAAACGGAUUGAAAGGGGAUCGAAUAUUAAACAUUGUGUAUGCUGCACUCGCUGAGUUAGGAAGCGCAAUCUUGUACUUCUGCUUCGUUAGAAUGAGGGGCCAUCGCAAUUGUUACAUCGGGUUUAUGACCCUUUGUAUGAUAUCACUCUGCAUUACUCUUGCAGUAGACCAAGGUGUUGUGGCUGGGUUUACCAUGUUCAGUAAACUAAUGGUAGGAACUGCGUUUCUAACAGUCUAUACAUACUCCGGUGAACUGUUCCCUACAAACAUCAGGCAGUCAUUACUUGGUUAUUUCUCAGGCUUAUCCAGGGUGGCUGCCAGUACAGCUCCAUAUAUCAUAUACGCAGAAAAAGGCAACAAUACGACACCAACUAUUAUAACUGUUACGUUGGUAUCGUUAUCCAUUGUUGGGUAUAUGUUUCUACCUAAAACUAAAGGGAAGAAACUGCCACAAACGGUAAAAGAAGCCAACUCCAUGCGAGGGGGCCUUCUUACAUUGUGCAAAAAUGAACAAAAAGUUGUUGCUGUAGAAGAACCUUAGUCUUGCUAUAUUUUAUUAAGUACUGUAUGGUAAGAUGGACCCCUUUAUCGCAUAAUAUCCAAAGAUCCUGGUCGUGUUUUUAGAAAAUAGCAACGAUCUAAGAGAGUCGUAAAGAUACGGUUUUGUAAUUCUGUGAGUGUUCUUUGUUUACUACAAAAUGGGACGAGAACAUAGAAUAAAAAUGUGUCCCAUAUUUCCCUACCCUGCUACAAGUAACCAGAUUGGUUCAUAACCUGUCACGUUAUAUCAUGUGAAGCGCACUUUUUCAACAGUACACAAA